AUGGAAAGAAUCAGACAUAACCAGGCCGCCAUGCACGACGAGAUGACUCAAGUGAAAGCCCAACUGAAGCAACUCAUGGACAUCAUGAAGAAUGUUGUCCAUAGACAAGAGGAGAAUCGCCAGGCUAGCCCAGGGAUCGUUACCAAUAUGAAUGCUACCAACCCUGUUAUGGGGAACGGAGCCCCUAUUGUUACAGACGCCAAUGCUGAGGGGGUGCCUACCAAUCUAAAUGUUACCCACACAUUUCAUGUUCCUGUUCAUGGAGGUUCUCAGGUUGGCACAGAUGAUCACGAUGGAGACUUCUUUAUGCCUAGGAAUGAAUCCGUGUAUGAGCCCUUUGGGCCAUCUUCCACUGAGCUUGAGAGAAGGUUUCAGAUGAUGGACGAAAGGGUCAGAGCCAUCGAAGAUCCUAGCACUUUCGGCCUGGAAGCUGCUAACAUGUGCUUAGUUCUAGGGGUGAAGAUCCCAUAUAAGUUUAAGGUUCAUACCUUUGAGAUGUAUAAGGGGGAUACUUGUCCCAGGACCCAUAUAAGAUCCUAUUAUAGGAAAAUGGAAGCUUACUUAGACGACGAGAAUCUACUGAUGCAUUUCUUUCAGGACAGACUCAGCGGAGCAUCCCUGGAAUGGUACAUGCAGCUUGAACGUACGCAUGUGCGUUCCUGGAGAGAAAAAGUUGAGGCUUUCUUGAAACACUAUCAGUAUAACACCGACAUGGUGCCGAACAUGACACAACUUCAGAGCUUGACUCAAAAGUCUAAAGAAUCGUUUAAAGAAUACGCACAACGUUAG